ACCUUUGCAUUCGUACGUGUUGCUAUAGGGAACUGUUUACUAUAACGUACGAGCAGCCUACCCGCUGCACCAACCUUUCAAGCCAGGGGGGUAGCGAGCAGUACAACAUGAACGUGAAUCAAGGGACUGUGGGCAGCGACCCGGUCAUUCUCGCCACGGCUGGGUACGACCACACAGUCCGCUUCUGGCAGGCCCACAGCGGGAUCUGUACCCGGACAGUCCAGCACCAGGACUCUCAAGUGAAUUCACUUGAAAUAACACCUGACAGGAGUAUGAUUGCUGCUGCAGGUUAUCAGCACAUCCGCAUGUACGAUCUGAACUCCAACAACCCCAACCCGGUGAUUAACUAUGACGGCGUGAGCAAGAACAUCACGUCUGUGGGCUUCCAUGAAGACGGGCGCUGGAUGUACACGGGAGGAGAAGAUUGCAUGGCUCGUAUCUGGGACCUGAGGUCACGAAAUCUACAAUGUCAGAGGAUCUUCCAGGUCAACGCGCCAAUCAACUGCGUGUGCCUUCAUCCAAACCAGGCGGAGCUAAUAGUUGGAGACCAGAGUGGUGUGAUACAUAUUUGGGAUCUGAAGACGGACCACAAUGAGCAGCUGAUUCCCGAGCCAGAAGUGUCGAUCAACGCCGUUCACAUCGACCCGGACGCGAGUUACAUGGCGGCCGUCAACAGCUCCGGGAAUUGCUACGUGUGGAACGUUGCUGGAGGUGUAGGAGACGAGGUGACGCAGCUCAUUCCCAAAACUAAGAUCCCUGCGCACAAACGCUACUCUCUGCGCUGCAAGUUUAGCCCUGAUUCCACUCUGUUGGCCACCUGCUCCGCUGAUCAGACCUGCAAGAUUUGGAGGACGUCCAACUUCUCCCUCAUGACAGAGCUGAGCAUCAAGAGCAACAAUCCUGGAGAGACAUCUAGAGGCUGGAUGUGGGACUGCGCCUUCUCGGGGGACUCGCAGUAUAUCGUCACAGCUUCCUCGGACAACUUGGCCCGUCUGUGGUGUGUGGAGACGGGGGAGAUCAAGAGGGAGUACAGCGGCCACCAGAAGGCUGUGGUGUGUCUGGCCUUUAAUGACAGUGUGCUGAGCUGAAGAGCAGGAGGGUGGGAGAAAAACCUGUAACGCUGAAAACAAGACGGCCAAGGAGAAAACUGGUACACGCCUCUUGGUAUACGAUCACCUUAAAAAACCUGCAAGACAUAAUCCACCUUAUGGUUCUGAGAUCCAGCACAGGACACGAUUAUAAACGGUAGUAUUUACUACUAACUAUUUAAGAGGUGCACCAUUAACUGGUUUUAAUACAAACUGUGGUGUGUGUGUGUAUAGCCCCCAAAAAUAGUGUUAAGCUUUUCAAAAAAUGAAUGAAGGCGUGUUAAAAGGACAUUAAAACAAUCAUACAUG